CUGCGGGCGAUCGAAUUCCGGCCCCACAAUCAAUUAACUAGCUAACGGCGUUCAUUUCACCGGCGGCGAUGGAGCGCGACGUUGGGCAGCGGAAGACGGUUCUGGUGACGAACGACGACGGAGUGGACGCGGCCGGGUUGCGGGCUCUGGUCGGAGUCCUUGUGGCGACCGGCCGGUUCAACGUGCUGGUCUGCGCUCCUGACUCGGAGAAGUCCGCCGUGAGCCACAGCAUCACGUGGCGUCACCCUAUCUCCGUCAAAAGGGUUCAAAUCGCCGGAGCCACUGCCUUUUCGGUUGCGGGAACUCCAGCGGAUUGUGCUUCCCUCGGCAUCUCCAAAGCUCUCUUCUCUUCAGUUCCCCAUUUGAUUAUGUUUGCGGGUUGUCAAUAUCGGAUUCAAUCAGCAGUUUUGGCUAGCGAAGUGAUAAGUGGUAUUAACAUGGGCAGCAAUUGUGGUUAUCACAUUGUCUACUCAGGAACAGUUGCAGGUGCAAGAGAGGCAUUCAUGAAUGGUGUUCCAUCUGUAUCUUUAUCCUACGAUUGGAUUCGGGGAAAAAGCAAUUUCAAUCACUUCACACUAGCUGCUGAGGCUUGUGUACCCAUUAUAUUAUCUAUAUUGGCUGAUAUAGAGAGUAAAGCUUAUCCCCAAAAUUGCUUUCUUAAUAUUGUUGUGCCAACAGAUGUUCAAAAACACAAGGGUUUUAAGCUUACUAAGCAAGGGAAAAGUUUAAUCAAAACGGGAUGGAAGCAAGCUAAUAGUGAAGGACAUGGAGCGAAAAUGCUAUCAACUAUGACUAUGGACUUAACACCAUCACAAACCACACAACCAAGUGUUGAUCACACCGGACAGGACCAAUUUUUAUUCGCUAGAGAAGUUAGGGAAAAACAAGUGGACAAUGAUGGCACAGAUUAUAGUUAUCUUCAAGAUGGAUAUAUAAUUGUCACCCCCACCAAUGCGUUGUUCACUAUUGACGAAGACAAUUCAACAUUCUUCAUAGACUGGUUGCCUUCUGGGGUUGAACAACAAUGUGCUUCCGAUCUUCUUCCUUCUAAGAUCAAUUUUUUCCCAGAUGAUAAAGGCGGAGACAUUUUAAUUAGUUCUAUAAGUAAUGAAUAAAUGAGCACUAUUAGCCCAGUGUCAACUUGUCAAGUGAUGAGAGCAUUAAAUAUACACCAAUGUAAUAUAAUUAAGGUCGGGUACUUGAUCUAAAGUCAUGUGUAUGUUUAUUUUGAUAUAGUAGUUGAUUGUCCCAGCACGUACGAUAUAUCAUUCGUCAAAGUCGUGUACUAUGUAUUCCCU